GCGGUAUAGACGCGUAAACACUCCUUUUGGUAUUCAUGAGUAAAGUAAACUUUGUGGCAUUGCCGAACUAGAGUGAAAUAUAUCAGCAGCGCCAAACAAUCGACCCGGAUAACUUUUAAAUUUUCCGUAAGGAGUUUGCAUCACUUCUCACAGCAAGAGCAGAGAUCUGGAAGAGGAAUAUACGCGCUGGACGUCCUAACAAGAGUCAUUAAUUAUUCAGUCAUUCAUGAGAGUCACUAUACUGCACGGGGAGAUUCAUCGCGCAAAGGGAUUUACAGUGGUGUUGUAUAUGUAAAGCUGAGCCCUGCCAGAGGGUUGGAUUUCUACACUAACGUGUCAGACUUACCCGUGACUCCUGGGAAGGAAGAUGGCUUCUGUGGGCAUUCUGUCAGAGGCCUCUGAGGGCGGAGGCAACAACGAAUUUACUGACAUUAUCAGAUGGAGAUCAGAUGAACAUGAUGCUGUACAGAAGAAAACUUUCACGAAGUGGAUCAAUGCGCAGUUCUCCAAGAAGGGAAAGACACCCAUCAAAGACAUGUUCUCUGACCUUAGAGAUGGACGAAAACUGCUUGAUCUUCUGGAGGGACUGACUGCAACUACACUGACCAAAGAGCGUGGCUCCACCAGAGUUCACUCCCUCAACAACGUCAACAGAGUCCUGCAAGUGCUUCACCACAACAGCGUGGAUUUGGUGAAUAUUGGAGGGACUGAUAUUGUUGAUGGGAAUCAUAAACUCACUCUGGGACUCAUCUGGAGUAUCAUACUGCACUGGCAGGUGAAGGACGUUAUGAAGGAUGUGAUGUCCAGUCUUCAGCAAACCAACAGUGACAAGAUUCUGCUGAGCUGGGUCAGAAACAGCACCCGUAACUAUGACAACGUCAACGUGCUCAACUUCACCACCAGCUGGGCAGAUGGGUUGGCAUUCAACGCCAUCCUACAUCACUUCAGGCCACAUGGGUUCAGCUGGGAGAAAUUAGUUCAUCUAACAUCAGUGGAGAGAUUGGAGCAUGCCUUCACGUUCGCCAAAGAUCAGCUCAGCAUUGAGAGACUGCUGGACCCGGAAGACGUGGCGGUGCAGUUGCCCGAUAAGAAGUCCAUCAUCAUGUAUGUGACAUCACUCUUUGCUGUGUUUCCCAAUGACAUCACAAUGGAUGACAUCAGAGAGGUUGAGACGCUACCCAGACGCUAUAAGGUGGAUACAGAGGAGGGACAUUCUGGAUUGGCUGGAGAGGAGGAGGAGACGGGCUAUGCAUGUGCAGGGAUGCCCAGCACACUAACAGAGGUGGAAAUGGAGGUGAAUCUGGACACAUAUCAGAUUACGCUGGAGGAGGUGCUCACCUGGCUGCUGUCUGCUGAAGACACACUGCACAUGCAGGAUGACUUGUCUGAUGAUGUCGAGGAGGUCAAAGAGCAGUUCCACACGCAUGAGGCCUUUAUGAUGGAGUUGACGGCACACCAGAGCAGUGUGGGUAACGUCUUACAGGCGGGAAACCAGCUGAUCGCUCAGGGCAACCUCAGUGAGGAAGAGGAGGAGGAGAUCCGAGAGCAGAUGACCCUGCUGAACUCACGCUGGGAAAACCUGCGUGUUGCCAGCAUGGACCGCCAGUCCAGACUUCAUGAAGUUCUCAUGGACCUUCAACAACAGCAGCUCCAGCAGCUCUCUGAUUGGCUGACACAGACUGAGGCACGGAUCCGUAAGAUGGAAACAGAGCCAGUAGCAAAAGACAUGGAAGGAUAUAUGUCUCAGAUAGAGCAGCAUAAAGUGUUGCAGAAUGACCUGGAGGUUGAGCAGGUGAAGGUGAACUCUCUCACACACAUGGUGGUUGUCGUGGAUGAGAACAGUGGAGAGAGUGCCACCACUGCCCUGGAGGACCAACUGCAGUCACUUGGAGAGCGCUGGGCGGCUGUGUGUCGCUGGACAGAAGAGCGCUGGAACAAACUUGAGGAAAUUCAGCUGGUUUGGCAGCGACUACUCGACGACCAGAGUUUGUUUGGAUCGUGGCUGGCAGAGAAGGAGAAGGCCUUAAAAGAAGUCCAGACCAGUGAUUAUAAAGACCCCAGUGAAAUAAAUGCCAGUGUCCGCAGAUUAGCCAGUCUUAAGGAGGACAUGGCCCAGAAGCGGAGGACCCUUAGUGCUCUGUCAGAUGCUGGACAGGACGUGAUGGUUCUGUUAAACAGUCCAGCAGCAGCUCAGAAUAUCGAGUCUGACACAGACGGGCUGACUCAACGCUGGGACAAUCUUGUCCAGAAACUGGAGGACUGCUCCAGUCAGGUUACAGAAGCUCUGUCUGUUACUGGGAUGCCCCAGGUACAGGAAAAAGUUGUCAUGGAGACCGUUACAACAGUAACGACACGGAUGGAGCAGACUUUCACCAGCAGCGACCGGGAGUUUCUGCCAACAGCCCCACCGAUACGACAAUGUCUAGAUACAGAUGGCGAGCUCAGGAAACUAGCUGAAACUGAUGUUCCUGAGCUUUUAUCCCGACUGACUGCAUGGAAAUCAUCUGCACUAGCUGCGAGAGACUCAUCUGAUCUGAAAGACAAACUACAGGCUCUGGAGGCGGGGCUUGCUGAGAGGGAUGGGUCAGUAAAAGAGAUGGUGCAAAAAGGAAAAAAGCAGAUUGAACAGCUGGGGAAAGAGGGUCUGUACACAGAUGAGGCUAAUUCCGGCUUAGACUUAGUGCAUAAUGAAUGGGAGUGCUGUCAGAACCUGAUGCGGGAUCUGAGGAACCGAGCUCAAGUUCUAGAGCGGGUGGCAGUGGUUCUCUCUGGACUGAAGGUUGUAGAUGGAGCUCUUCAGGAGCAGGAGAAAUGGUUGAUCUCAUCUGAGAGGUUUAGAGCUAAAGUUGACCAGAUGGAGCUUCAGACACUCAAAGAUGACUGUGAGUGUCAGAUAGCAGAGCUGGUAAAGCUGCAGCUGCGGGUGGAAGAACUCUGUGCCCAGGCUGAGUGUUUGACUACAGAACCUGGAGCUCCUGAUACCAUCAAACCAAGUCUGACAGCGCUGGCAUCACGCCACAUCACAGCUAUUCAAGAGCUCAAGACACGGCAGCAGGACAUCAGUACAGUGUUGUCCAGGCUGGUGGCGUCUGAAGCACUUCAGCAGAUGGAGUCCAGACUGCAUCUUAUCACAGAUGAUGUCAAAGACAUAACCACAGCUGAACGGGCAGUUAUCAAAGCUCAGACUCUUUGCACAGAGAUUGAUCAACAGAAGCAGAAGGUUUCAGACUCCGCAGAUCAGCAGAGCUGGACUAAACUCUCCAUUGCUGCCCACGAUCAGCUCCACACGCUACAGUGCAUUCUGGGCAACAUGAAGGACACAAAGGUGAAGAGUGAGGAGGUGAGCCACUGGUUAGAUGCGGUGGAGGAGCUUCUGUCUCGAGACGCUAGCGGCCUCAGCAACGGUGACAAACUACAGGAAGAACUCAACCAGUGCAAGGAGUUUGUUGGUGAGAUGGAGCACGUGGAAUCAUCUCUAAAGCAGACAGGAGAGUACGUGGCGGCUGUACAGCAGAGUGCAGUGCCAGGUGUGACCAACUGGGGGCAAAAGGAGUUCGAAGAGAGUCAGAGACGCUGGGACAUGCUCAGUAAAGAGUUGUUGAGUCGUGAAGAGCAUGUGAGUGAGGGUCAGGAGAAAGUGAAGAACCUGAAGAAAGAUCUGGCGGAGAUGAGAGAGUGGAUGAUUCAAGUGGACGAGGAGUUCCUCAUGAGAGACUUUGAGUACAGGAGUCCGGAGGAGCUGGAGGAAGCUCUGCAGGAGAUGAAGAAGGCCAAAGAGGAUGUGCUACAGAAGGAAGUGCGAGUGAAGAUUUUGAAGGACAGCAUUAAUGUGCUGAUGAGGAAGAUGCCCUCUGGUGCUCACGAUCUGAGCGCUGAGCUCACUGAAGUCCUGAAGAACUACUCCAAACUGUGUGAUCGCUUUAAGAGCAAAUGCCACACACUUGAGGAGGUGUGGUCAUGCUGGAUCGAGCUGCAGCAGUAUCUGGAUGUGGAGUCUGGCUGGUUGAGCGCACUGGAGGAGAAAGUUCAGGCUACGGAGAACAUCCCAGAAAACACAGAGGCCAUCAGUGAAGCUCUGGAGUCUCUGGAGUCGGUUCUCCGUCAUCCGGGUGAUAACAGGACUCAGAUCCGAGAGCUGGCUCAGACUCUGAUCGACGGAGGGAUUCUGGAUGACCUCAUCAGUGAGAAACUGGAGAAUUUCAACUGCCACCACGAUGAGCUGACUCAGCAGGCCUCUGCUCGUCAAAUGUGUCUGGAGCAACAGUUGUUGUCUCUGAAAGAGAAUGAGACGGCCUUACACACACUACAGACGGCUCUCACACACCUGGACCAAACACUCACCUCUUACCUCACGGACCGCAUUGAUGCCUUCCAACUGCCACAGGAGGCUCAGUCAAUCCAGGCUGAUAUUGCUGCCCAUGAGGCCACGCUAGAGGACAUGAGAAGGAGGAAUGUGGGGAAUGUGCCUCCGACAGCCACAGAGGGCAAACCGGUGCGGGGAGGCACCCUGCUGGACCAGCUACAGCGUAAACUCCGUGAGAUCAGUACAAAAUUCCAGUUGUUCGAGAAACCGGCUAACUUUGAGCAGCGGAUGCUAGACUGCAAGAGGAUUCUGGAAAGUGCUAAAGCUGAACUUAAUGUACUGGACCUGAGAGACACCCAAGCAGAGGAGAUACAAGCCCAUCUCACUGGAUGCAUGAAACUGUAUAAGAUCUUGAGCGAGGUGAAACUGGAGGUGGAGACGGUGAUUAAAACAGGCAGACAGAUUGUACAGAAACAGCAGACGGAAAAUCCUAAAGGAAUGGACGAACAGCUCACCGCACUCAAAUUACUCUAUAAUGACCUGGGAGCUCAGGUGACUGGGGGGAAGCAGGAUUUGGAAAAGGCCCUGUCCCUGUCUCAGUGUCUGCAGAAGGACAGCGCCACUCUGCAGGCCUGGAUGAACCACACUGACACUCAAUUCAAAGAGAAACUCAACUCAGGGGAGAUGCCCGCUGAAAUCGAUGUGGAGAUCACAUGGGCCAACGGUGUGUUGAAGGAGUCUGAGCGUAAGAAGAGUGAUCUGUCUGUGAUCAUGGAGAACAGCACCGCCCUGCAGGCGUUAGUGGAGGGCAGUGAAGCUCAGCUGGAAAAUCAGCUGUUUGAACUAAAUGAGGAUUGGGAGCGCGUGCACACUCUGAUAGAGGACUGGCUUAGUGUUGUUCUGAAUCACAGGCGUGAGGUGGAGAUAUUUGAUGAGAAUUUGGCUCAUAUCAGCACGUGGCUCUAUCAGACUGAGAUCCGAUUGGAUGAGAUGGAGAGGAUGCCUGCAGCCGAGAGAGACAGAAUGUUAAAGGCUGUGCUGUGUGAGUUGGAGGUUAUGAGUAUGCGUGUGGACAGCGCUCGUGAUCAGGCAGUGAUUUUAAUGACCAGUAGAGGGCCCACGUGCAGAGAGCUGGUGGAACCAAAACUGGCUGACAUCAGCUGCAAUUUCCACAAAGUGGCGCAGCACAUCAGCUCUGCUCAGGUGUCGGCCAGUCUGGAGGUCAAUCAGGAGGUGAUACGCCCACAGCAAGUGGUGUCAGAUGAGAGGUCUGCUCCUCAUGUCUCCUCUCUGCUACUGUUUGAAUCAGACCUACAAGCUGCUCUCAAAGCACUGGAGCAACAGGACCAUGCACACACACCUGACGAUGAGAGGAUGGAUGAGGAAAAAGCUUGUGUUGAGGAGGUGUUGAGGAGAGGAGAGGAAGUGCUGCUAUCUGUUCCUGAUGAGGACAGAAGAGAAGACCUCCACAGGAGACUUCUGUUGCUCCAGACACGCUAUAAGGAGCUGCACAUUGUCAGAACUCAACCAGUUGUUAAAGUUGCCAUCGACUCAACAUCAUCUCCACAUAGAGCAGAUUCAUCCCUCUCUCCUCCGAAUGAGAUGAGCGCUUCUCUCUCUCCGUCCGACUAUCUGCUGGAGAUUAAUAAGGUUCUUCUGGUCAUGGCCGACAAAGAGCUACUCCUGAACUCCUCAGAGCUGAGCGGAGGACUAUUUGAAGAUUUCUCUAGUCAGGAGGACAUGCUCAAGAGUAUAAAGGAGAGUUUGGAGCGGUUGGGUGAGCAGGUUGAAGUGAUCAAUGAGCGUCAACCUGACGUGAUUUUGGAAGCUUCCAGAGAAGAAAUGGCUCAGAUAUCUGAUGCCCUGGCACAACUGAACUCCGAGUGGGACAGAGUCAACCGCAUUUACAGUCAGAGGAAAGGGUGUUUUGAUCAAGCUGUUGAGGAGUGGAGGCAGUUCCACUGUGACAUGAAUGAUCUUUCACAGCGGCUGAGUGAGACAGAACAGAUCCUGGCAGACGGAAUCGGACCUGAUGGAGAACUAGACCUGGAACGUGCCCGUGCACAGCAACAGGACCUGGUGGAGUGUUUGGCAUCUCAUCAGUCUGUUGUGGUGUUGUUGAGCCAAUCUGGAGAACACAUCAUCAGUCAGCUCUCGUCUCCUGAUGGUGCUCUGCUGAAGGAGAAACUGGACACUCUGAGACACAGCUGGACACAAGUCCAGAGACAAGUGUCUGACCGCCAGCGCAGGUUGAUGGGUGAAGAUCCAGCUGUGAUGGAUGUCAUUCAGCGUUCUGCUGAUCUGGCUCAGUGGCUGGAGCAAACGGAGGUUGCUGUGGCGACAUUACCCAUCUCUGCUACUGACAACAACCUUAGAGAGCUCAAGGCUCUGACAGAGGAAAUGGAUGGUCAGAAUGAGAUGUUAUCAUGGCUGAAUAAGACUGGCUCUCAGAUCUUGUCAAAAUCCAGUCUGAGUUCCCAAAAUAGAGACAGUCAUGUGAAUAAACUACGCCAGAUAAACAUCAGCUGGAGUAAAGUGAGCCGUGAGUUGCUGGAUAAGGUGCGUGAGGUGGAGGGGCAUCUGAACACACACACACAGGUCCAAGACGAAAGCAGGCUAACAUCAUACGGGCAGUUCCAGGAUCACUUAAACAGACUGGGUGAAUGGGUUCACAUCACCAGCCAGUCACAGAGUGAUGUUACACCCACUGAGACACAGGUUCUGGAGAUGUCCAUGCGAGAGCAGAAGCGAGAGUUGGAGAAGUUAUUGUCGUACUCCAUCGAGCUCCAGAGGAAACAGCUGCUGUUACCACAGGAAAAGAGUAAAAUUGAGCAGCUUGCAGUGGAUUGGAAGGCUCUGGAUGUCAGAUUGAAGGAGACACCACAACAGUCUCUGUCGCCAUGGACACAACAGUCUCUGUCACCAUGGACACAACAGUCUCUGUCACCAUGGACACAACAGGUUGCUCAGCAGCAAUUUACAGCGAGGGUGCCGUCUGCUGUUCACAUGGUCAGUCUGAUGAGCGAGGAGCGACAUCACAGUCCAGAGCUAGUGGCCCCAACCGAUCUCAACCAAACAGCUACAGAGCUGGCGGACUGGCUCCUGCUCAUACACCAGAUGCUCAAAUCCAACAUUGUCACUGUGGGAGACAAAAAUGAGAUCCACACUACCAUCGGGCGCCUGCAGGUGACUAAAGGUGAUCUAGAGCAGAGACAUCCUCAACUGGAGGACAUCAUCACUAUGGCUCAGAACAUUAAGAACAAAACCUCCAACCUAGAUGUGCGCACUUCCAUCUCAGAGAAACUGGAGAAAGUGCGCAGCCAAUGGGACAGCACACAGCAUGGAGUGGAGGCGCGGCUUCAGCAGCUGGACCGCAUGAUUGGCCACAGCGACCAGUGGGAGGAACAGAGACGGAAGGUGAAGGCUCUGAUUGGUCAAAAUGAGAUGCAGUUGCAAAACCUGCUGCAGCUGACCCGAGAGCCGCUGACUAAACAGAUCAGUGACAACAAGGCGUUCCUGCAGGUGCUCAGUGGAGGACAGGAGAGUGUGACCUCCUUUAAUGAACUGUCCAAUCAGCUGCUGCAGGAAUAUGCAGCUGAUGACACACGCAAGGUCAAAGAGGUUAUAGACAAACUCAGCAAUUUGUGGAACAGUGUCAAUAACAGGGCCUCUGACCACCAGGCGGCUUUGGAUUCAGACCUAAAGACUCUGCAGGCGUCCCUCCGAGAGCUCGAGUCCUUCCUGAAGUGGCUGCAGGAGGCGGAGACUACUGUCAAUGUGCUAUCGGAUGCCGCCCAAAGGGAGGAGCUCGCCCAGGACUCCGCCCGCAUCAAGAAACUGAAAGGCCAGCUUGGGGACAUCCAGGCAGAGAUUGAGGCUCAUAAUGAUGUGUUCAGGAGUGUGGAAGGGAAUAAGCUGAAGAUGGUGAAAGCUCUGGGCAGCUCAGAGGAGGCAGUUUUCCUGCAGCAGAGACUGGAUGACAUGAACCAGCGCUGGAACGACCUCAAAGCCAAAUCAGCCAACAUACGGGCUCAUCUGGAGGCCAGUGCAGAGCGUUGGAACAAGCUGUUGUCAGUGUUGGAGGAGUUAAGCCGCUGGAUCAGUGUGAAAGAUGAAGAGCUGAACAAACAGAUGCCCGUUGGAGGAGACAUGCCCACAUUGCUGCAGCAACACACACACUCCACGGCCCUAAGUGCGGAGCUGAAGGAGCGAGAGCAUGUUGUCCUCAGCACAUUGGACCAGGCUAGCAUGUUUCUGGCCGACCAGCCAAUUGAAGGGCCUGAAGAGCCACGCAAAAUUCUGCAGCCUAAAACAGAACUGACCCCAGAGGAGAAGGCCCAGCGAGUGGCUAAGGCAAUCCGUAAGCAGACAGCAGAGGUUGGUGAGCGCUGGGAGAGGCUGAUGAGACAUGCGGACACCUGGCAGGAGCAGGUUGAGAGAGCUCUCAAUAAACUGCAGGACCUCCAGAGCUCCAUGGAACAACUAGACCUGCGUCUUGCUCAAGCUGAGGAGCUCAAAGGCUGGCAACCCGUGGGAGAUCUUCUCAUAGACUCUCUUCAGGAUCACAUUGAUAGGACAAUGGCUUUCAGAGAGGAAAUCUUUCCUAUGAAACAAAAUGUUCAAGCUGUGAAUGAUCUGGCAGGUCAACUGACUCCACUGGACAUCCAGCUGUCCUCCACCACCAACCGCCAAUUAGACAACCUCAACAUGCGCUGGAAGCUACUGCAGGCGGCUGUAGAGGACAGGUUGAAGCUCUUACGGGAAGCACACAGGGAUUUUGGUCCCUCCUCUCAACACUUCUUAUUAACAUCAGUCCAGUUGCCCUGGCAGAGAGCAGUGUCCCAGAACAAAGUUCCCUACUACAUCAAUCAUCAGAAUCAGUCGACAUGCUGGGACCAUCCCAAGAUGACUGAACUGUAUCAUUCACUCUCUGACCUCAACAAUGUGCGAUUUUCCGCAUAUAGAACGGCCAUGAAGAUCCGUCGCCUACAGAAAGCACUCUGCUUGGAUCUGUUGGAUCUGAGUGUAGCUCAGUCGAUGUUUCAGCAGCAUAAGUUGACAGUGAACUCUCAGCAGUUGACAGUUCCUGAGGUCAUCAACUGUUUGACGUCUGUCUAUGACGGACUGGAGCAGGAAAACAAAGACCUGGUCAAUGUCCCACUGUGUGUGGACAUGUGCCUCAACUGGCUGCUCAACGUCUACGACACGGGUCGCAGUGGAAUGAUCCGUGUUCUGUCGAUGAAGAUUGGCCUCCUCUCUCUUUGUAAGGGUCUCCUGGAGGAGAAAUACAAAUGUCUGUUUAAUCAGGUCUCGUCAGCGGGUGACACGUGUGAUCAGAGACAGUUGGGUCUGCUGCUCCAUGAUGCCAUUCAGAUCCCUCGACAGCUGGGCGAGGUGGCAGCCUUUGGCGGGAGCAACAUUGAGCCCAGCAUCCGCAGCUGCUUCCAGCAAGUGACCAAUAAGGUAGAGCUGGAACCGAGGCAGUUCGUCGAUUGGAUGAGGCUGGAGCCGCAGUCUAUGGUGUGGCUUCCUGUCCUGCACAGAGUGGCGGCUGCAGAAACAGCCAAACAUCAGGCCAAGUGCAAUAUCUGUAAAGAGUACCCCAUUGUCGGCUUCAGAUAUCGUAGUCUGAAGCACUUCAACUAUGAUGUGUGUCAGAGUUGUUUCUUCUCUGGUCGGACUGCAAAGGGUCAUAAAUUGAACUACCCCAUGGUGGAGUACUGCACACCGACCACCUCAGGGGAAGACAUGAGAGAUUUUACCAAAGUCUUAAAAAACAAGUUUCGCACUAAGAAGUACUUUGCAAAGCACCCUCGUCUGGGUUACCUGCCUGUUCAGACGGUCCUAGAAGGAGACAAUAUGGAAACUCCGGUCACUCUGAUCAGCAUGUGUCCGGAGCAGUAUGAGCUGUCCCCAUCUCCACAACUCCCUCAUGACGACACACACUCACGGAUAGAGCAGUACGCCAGCAGGUUGGCGCAGAUGGAACGCUCUAAUGGAUCUCUGCCUACAGAAAGCAGCUCAGCCACUGGAAGCAUGGACGAGGAACAUGCUUUAAUCCUGCAGUACUGUCAGACUUUAGGAGGGGAGGGCUCAUCCUUCUUCCAGACCCAAAGCCCCACCCAUAUCCUCAGGAGCCCCACCUCUAAUGUUCAUAGCCCUUCCUACCUGCUACAGAGCCCCACCCAGAUUCUGCAGGCAGUGGAGAGGGAGGAGCGAGGAGAGCUGGAGCGAAUCAUAGCACAACUGGAGGAAGAGCAGCGGACCUUACAGAAAGAGUAUGAGCAGUUGCGGCAGCAGCACGGUCAGCCCAACGCAGGGGCCGCAGCUGUUGGUGGGGCCCCUGAGGAAGCUGACCUGUUAGCCGAAGCUAAACUUCUGCGACAGCACAAGGGACGAUUGGAGGCUCGCAUGCAGAUACUAGAGGAUCAUAACAAACAGCUGGAGUCCCAGCUCUACCGGCUACGCCAACUACUACAUCAGCCUGAGCUAAAUGGCACGUCAUCAUACGGCUCUCUCCAUCAGGACGCAGCAGGACAAACCGAGCUCUCGGAUGAGUGUUUUAACAGUAGCACUGAUCUGGCUGAGGUUAUGGAACAGAUUAACCACAAUUUUCCUGCAUGCUCUCCAUCAAGUGUGUCGUCAAGUCCCAAGGUGAUGUAAGUGUUGUCAGAAGAGCACCCAUCUGGAGAGUAGAAAUCCUACGGAUGUGAAGAGCACUGUCCAGCUCAACAGUUCAAGUUUCCCAUUCCAGAGUUGCAGAUUCCCGGCUGUUCUCUAGACAGACAUGGACCCAAAGACUCUGGAACAGGACCACACAAUUCAUUUAAAUGGCUUUUACUACUGUGUCUGUCUGUACUAUGCAACUGUAUAUUUGAUCAACAUGUAGAUUGUACUUGAGGUGUAUUUGCCUAUUUGUUUUAAUAAUCUUGAAGAUUAUUUAGGGUUAUGCGGGGGCCAUUUAUCAUCUAACCUGUUCACUUUUAUUUUUGCGUUCACCAGGAACCAAACUACUACAUAUCUCACAUGCAACUCACAUCACCCCAGUAUCCAUUGCUGUUCAAAUCAGCACCUGUUAUCUUUCUACAUACGUGGUUAUUAGUUUAGUUAGAAAGCUAUGUAAAAACUUAGUAUGAAGACAGUUCAUGUUUUGCCAUCUCAAAACUGCACGUUGCCCCAACAUUGUUCUGUUAUAGUUUUAGCCUGUUUUGACACCAUUUGCCAUGAAUGGUCUCACUAUAAAGCAUUUUGACAUUCAAACCCACAUUUCUAGAAUGCAUGCACAGAUGUUCUACAACAAAACUGCAUCAAAACACCCUUUUGUGCCUAUAAAGCAUCCAUUCCAGGUGAGAAUAGCAGGCGAAAGAUACUGUAAUCCUCAAGAUCAUGUAGAAAGAUUCUAUUAUAAAAAAGACAAAUGUAGAAAACUUGGAUAUUCAGGAGGCUUGGCCCAAGAUGAUUUAUCUUUGAGUAGUAUAAUUUUAUAAAUAAAUGUUUUUAAAAUAAAAAUUGAAGAAAGCCAUGAUUGCCUUGCUACCUCAGAUGUGAUCAAUCAUUCAUUCGUUCAUUUGUUCGUUCAUUGGCGUGGUCUGUACCGUUGGAUUUCGCAAUCACGUAACAAUACAAUCCCUAUCCAUGACUGUCGAUUGAUUCACUUUCAAUUUCUGAAACAACUACAUUGUUCCAGCAAUUGUUCCACAAAGAUGCACCCGUUACAUGAGUAAGCUACCCUGAUGACUAGGUUGUGCUUUUCCCUUGUCCAGCAGUCGUCUCACUUUUCUACAUGGUGUAUUUGUGUUGUGCUACUUUUGGUGAAGCAUUAGAUGUUAACAAGACUUUAACACCUGACAAACAUUUAAAGUUGAUUCUGACCUAGUGAAGUCUCAGUGUCACCAGUGCUGUGCUGUUCUGACCCGAGAUUAGUCCGAUUAGACCAUCCACACUACAUGUAAUGAGGUUCUAUACGUUUUAUUCUAAAUAAAGUUUGUAU